AUGAACACAAGCAAUCAUGGUCUUCUCAUCUUGAGCUUAGUCUUCGUAUUUUCUCUUCUUUACUUCCCUUACUUAACCAUAUCCGAUAUUCCGUGCCCGUACCCGUGUUAUCCACCGCCCUUUGGCGGUGGCUCCUCCACGCCUUCAGCAGGGAACUACCCUUCUCCGGAUGGGAAUUUACCAAAUUACCUUUCUCCACCGAACAGCGAUGGAGGCGGUAGCUUCUAUGGUCCUCUACCGCCGGAUGCUAUCUUGCCUUACUUCCCAUAUUACUAUAGAAAACCUCCUCACCAAACGGAUCAAACGUCGUCGUCUCCACUCGUACCGGCUCCAGGGAAAUUGACGGUGAGGAUCGUAACUGUGGCAAAUCUUGUGGUGGUUGGUGCUCUCGGUAACAUUUGGUUUAUAGCUUAA